AUGAGCAAACAACCGUCUAGGAGGUUCAACAAAAGAACACAAGGACGUCGAGACAAUGAUUACAGCAGGAAGACAACAACAACGACACCCCAAGGAGGUGAUGAUGGACGUAAACGCCAACUCUUUGACCCUUUCUCUGAUAAUCCUAUCGCCUUCAAUCGUUCCACCACUGUUGAUAAGCAACAAGAGACGCAACCACAGAUAACCACUGCCACCAGUGGAAGACGAUCUUAUCUUGCACAACGUCGCGAUGGCCUUUUCCUUCGCAACAUGGAUGAUAAUCAGCGACGUGAGAAGAAGAACAACAACAACAAUCAUCGUCGUCUUUGGGAUCCAAAUGAUGACAAGAAACCACCCAUGCAACUACCACAACGUGAUGAUCCACCAGUACCCACUGUUGCUAGACGCCGCUCACCUCCAACAUCAGCAACAACAACAACAACAACAUCACCACCACAAUCGAAUUCAGUGAAAGAUCAACAUAAGCGCAAGAUCAAAGCUAUGUUUGCGAGUAUCCAAGAUAUUGAAGGAAAACUUGUCAGCGUGGAUGCCGAAGCUAGCAAGCUUGAAUUUUUCAAAAAUGAGCAUGAUGAACAUGAUCGACAGCAAAGACAACGAAUGAUGGAUUCAGUGGAUAAAAAGGAACAACGGCCCCUGACUCAAGUUGAUCUAGACAUGGCAGGUGAAAUGUGGCGACAAAAAGUGGAAUUGCAUAUAGCAUUGGCCGACAAAUAUCUUGACCUCAUGCAGUUUGACUAUGCGUUUGCCGAGAAAAAGAGUUUGGAGAGUCUUUGUUGGAAACGUGCCAUUUAUUCCUUGGUGGAGCAAUUUCGAACAGCCUUCAAGAUCAGAAUGACAGAAGCUGAAGAUCCAGAAGAGGAGGGUGAUGAAUUGGAAGAAGAGGAGGAAGAUAAUGUGAUCGCCGAAAGCACAGUCGACAUGCCGUUAUUUUCUGAUAUGGGAAAUGACGAUUAUGAGGAUGAAGACGAUGAGGAUCAAAAAGCAGCUUUGGUCACCAAAUCAAUGGAAUUGGACAAGCUAAAGGAAUGGUUUGCGGAUUUCUUGGAUCAAGCGGAUGAUUUCUACAGAAGAUCAAUGUCGAUAUUACGAUCGAUGGAUACCUAUUCAGAGAUGGAUGAAGAACAGCAUUUGCAAGAAUGGAGAAGAACCCAUCGACUCAAAUGGUACAAAGCCGUUCCUAAUCGUGGCGAUCUUGCUCGUUACCGAUGGACCUAUGCAUCGAGGGAUGAACUCACAUUUCGUGAAGCUUGGCAGUGGUACGCAUUGGGAGUAUGGUUGAUGCCUGCUACUGGGAAGCUCUAUUUUCAUCUAUCCUUGUUGAUUCAUGGUGCCAAUGCAGCGGAUCCAACACGUGAUUUGCAUCGUCUAUAUUUCAGUAUCCGGAGUUUGAUGGUUCGUCGCAAUGGAUUCUUGAAUGCAAGAGAAGGAAUGAUUGUAUUAUUCGAGAGCAAUCGUCGAUGGGUCGACAAGUAUCUCAAAACGGUCCAAUCCAACAAAGGAUCACGCUUUGGUAAUCGAGGCAAAAAGAUGAGACAAGAACAGCAGCAGCAACAGGAACGAUUAGCAGCAACAUCCCAAGACAUUGCCGCAGCCUUGUUUAUACGUCUUCAUGGAAUGCUAUUCACCAAAAUCAGCUUGGAUCAAUUUGCCCAAAUCAAACGCCGAUUCUUCGAUUGUCUCUUUCCCGAUGCUUCGCCGAAUGAGAGUACUGGUGUUAUCGGCAAUGAUGAUACAACACAUGAUUCACCAGCAAUCAAUGAUGGUCGACUGGAUAUCCAUGAAAUGUUCUGGUUUGAGGCAGCUGUGAUUUGCAUAUCGUCAUUAUACAACUACGAUUAUGCAUCAUCCAAGUUUACCAAGUUGAGCGUACUUCAAGGCAAACGUUUGUAUGCCGAAUCAGCAGCAGCCGCAUCAACUGAGGAUCCAACAAAGAGUGAUAGCUACAACGAUUUGGUGGAAGAGCUCAAGGACAGUAUUUUGUUUGCGUACAAUGUGGAUUUGAUGACGAGUAUCGCCGUUCAACUCUUUCGACGUUUUCUGGAUCGAUCACUUUUACCACCAAUUACUCCCAAUCUUCCCUUGCUACCACCAUCGCCUCGCAGCUUGAAUGACAACUAUGGUUUCAUCUUUGAACGCAGAGAUUUACAUACAUCAUUGAAUGACGGCAACGAUGACGACGACAACAACAAGAAAAGCAGCAUGAAUGAACCUUGGAUUAUAUUUAUUGAGACGAUGUUGCAUUGGAUGGUGGUCAAUUCAGUGUGUCAGCGACCUGAAGGAGGAAUCAGCUUAUGGGAAGCACUUGUCGGCAAUCCUGCUCCUGAUUUAUUGAAGAGAAACAUUGCUGAGGAUGACAAUGACAGUAAAAUCUCCCCGAUGUUUUGGCCGCUGUUGCUCGAUUUUCUCAACAACCAGCUGCAAUCUCUUGAGGAUGAUAUCAAAUACGAGGUCGUGAAUCAAUUCUUGCUCGAUGAUGAUGGCGAUGAUUGCAACUCGAGCAAAGAGCACUCCCAAGCGGAAUACGCAUUUGGCAGACUUGUUACUAAGGUCCUUGGUAAAAAGCCUAUUCUUCCCGAAGAGAUGCAUAUGCGUGGUCUAGGAUGGGUGGAUGACAUUACCGGAAAGCUUCUCAAGAUCACUCCUCUUUUGAACGACACACAACACGAGACACCAUUCCCUGGUUCUGGCUACGACCUUCACACUCAACGUAAGAUCAAGGUACUCAGUUACGGAUUUGCUCUUGCCAAGCAAAUGAGCCAUGUCUUUUGCUAUGAUCCAGUACUCGAGAUAUUUGUUGUCAACAAAGGACUUGAAGAGGAAAUCGAUAUGCAUCAAGAAGAAGAUGAUCACGUGCAAUCCCCCAUCUCCAAUGUCAGCCAAGGAACGGAGAGUGAUGAAAACAAUGAACCACCACUUGCACCAACAAUCGAAGCCAUGGAUGAUGCUGUGCUUUUCUCGAACGAAAAUGAUUCUGUGGAUGAGGAUGGGGAUGAUGAUAUGCUCACUCAAUUGAAAAAGAGACGUGAACAAUUACAAGCUAUGCUCACUACCACUUCCGGCACCAACACCAAUCAUCGACGUGCACUUGGUCGUCUUAAAGAACGUGAGGCUCGUUUGAAUCGCCUUCGAGAGAGGGUUAUUCCAGGUCAAACGGUGAUUGUACUUGAUACCAAUUGCUUCAUUGGUCACAUUGAUCAUGUCCAACGUCUUAUCCAAAGUAACAAAUGGUCUAUUGUUAUCCCACUUGUUGUGGUUACUGAAUUGGAUGGUUUACGAAGCAACACACCUCCACUGGGUGAAAUAGCCGGAGAAGCUCUCAAGUUUAUUGAAACGACGCUUGCAACAAAGCAACGGAGUAACACCCAUCUAAGGAUUCAAACAUCGCACAACAAUUUUAUGCAUGACAUUUCGAUUCGCUCCGAGCAAUUCGUAUUUGGUGAAACGGACAAGAAUUUGGAUGAUCUUGUUUUAUCAGCCUGUUUGUGGUGGGCACGCGAUAGCGAGAAGGAUGACCAUGCACGGGUAUGUCUAGUGACGGGUGAUCGCAACCUUAGCGUCAAAGCCCGUGCUCGCGACAUUGAUGUUAUGUCAGUUUCAGCUAUUAUGCAAUUAACUCCAAAGAAAUAA